CGCUGGCAUUGGAUUUGGUGGAUUUGGUGGUGAGCCAAAGCUCCAUCAGCAACCAGAGCUCCGACCCGCGAGGCGCCGAAAAAAAAUUCCCUCCAAGUCGACACAGCCAGCAAUAUCAAGUCUGUCCACCCACCACCCACCCACCACCAUCCACUUCUCAGUCUGCCUCGCAAUCGCUCGAGCUGCCGUCCUGCCCACCAUGUCUCGCUAUCUCCGCCCAGCCGCCCGCCUGGCUGCCGCGGCCACCGCCCGCGCCCCCGUCCUCAGAUGCGCCCCGGCCUCGUCCAUAAUAGCCUCGCGGAGGGCCGCCCUCCAGCCGCUGCACCAGCAGAGGACGUACGCCUCGGCCGGCACCAAGGACUACACUGUCCGCGAGGCCCUCAACGAGGCCCUGGCCGAGGAGCUCGAGUCCAACGACAAGGUCUUCAUCAUGGGCGAGGAGGUGGCCCAGUACAACGGCGCGUACAAGGUCACCAAGGGUCUGCUCGACAGGUUCGGCGAGCGCAGGGUCAUUGACACCCCCAUCACCGAGAUGGGCUUUGCCGGCCUGGCCGUCGGCGCCGCCCUGAGCGGCCUGCACCCCGUUUGCGAGUUCAUGACGUUCAACUUUGCCAUGCAGGCCAUCGACCACGUCGUCAACUCGGCCGCCAAGACGCUAUACAUGUCGGGUGGCAUCCAGCCCUGCAACAUCACGUUCCGCGGCCCCAACGGUUUCGCCUCCGGUGUCGGCGCCCAGCACUCGCAGGACUACAGCGCCUGGUACGGCAGCGUGCCUGGCCUCAAGGUGGUGUCGCCCUGGAGCGCCGAGGACGCCAAGGGCCUGCUCAAGGCGGCCAUCCGCGACCCCAACCCCGUCGUGGUGCUCGAGAACGAGCUCAUGUACGGCCAGACCUUCCCUAUGUCGGAGGCAGCGCAGAAGGACGACUUUGUGAUUCCUUUCGGCAAGGCCAAGGUGGAGCGCCAGGGAAAGGACCUGACCAUCGUGACGUUGUCGAGGUGUGUCGGCCAGUCGCUGGCGGCGGCCGAGAACCUCAAGAAGAAGCACGGCGUCGAGGUCGAGGUCAUCAACCUGCGCUCCAUCAAGCCGCUCGACGUCGAGUCCAUCGUCAAGUCGGUCAAGAAGACGCACCGUCUCAUGACGGUCGAGUCGGGUUUCCCGGCCUUUGGCGUCGGCUCCGAGAUCCUGGCCCUUACCAUGGAGUACGCGUUUGACUACCUUGACGCCCCGGCCUCGCGCGUCACAGGCGCCGACGUGCCCACCCCUUACGCCCAGGGACUGGAGGAGAUGAGCUUCCCGACCGAGAGCAUUAUCGAGCAGCACGCCGCCAAGCUGCUGCGACUAUAAAGCCCGACAGCGAAAGUCGUUGGUAUCUGGGGCGUGCGUUUGGGUGUUGACGGUUGCUCAGGGGCGCGCCGUCUGUUUUCCCGGUUAGAACUUGGCGGCUAGACGACCAUAGGCGCUUGAUGUACAGUAAUUGGUCCGAUUGUUGAUAUAAACAUUCUUUUUUCGGCUCCGGGCCCGACGAUCACACCCAUGUUGUCUGCGCAGGCGUUGGUUUAAAUUGGGAAGGGCAGCUUGGGAGCAGUAGGAGAGUGCAGCUAUGUAGCUCUCUGACAUUUAUAGACAUGGUUACGGGUUCAUUCACGUGGUAGGUCGGUGCACGUGCGGAGUCUAAACCAGCGCUUGUUCUGCAUGACAUCAAAGAGUCCAGCCUAAGCUAUUGGCGGGCGUUGUCGCCAGACUGGG